AUGGCUACGUCUGCACAGGGCAUCGUGACGUACCUGCAGACCGCUGUGGCAGAAGCCUCUGGACCGGCAGGAACACUCUGGGUCAGAGUACUAUUAGACAACGGCAGCCAACGAACCUUUGUAACAGAGGACCUGACACGAAGGUUAGGGUGCGAAGCGCAGGGUUCCGAAGAUCUGGCGAUCUUUUCCUUCGGCUCGACACGACGUUCUGCACGUCAUACGUGCGCUAAGGUCAGCCUCUCUCUCAGCGGACUACACGAGUCCCAGGACUUGGACGCUCUCACGGUCCCAGAUAUCUGCAGCUCCCUCAACCCUGCAGUAGGCGGCACUGUUGCAGCACUCUUGCAAGAUCAUGGCCUAGAACCCGCGCCGACUUCUUGUCCCUCUGACAGCGUCGACAACGUCGACAUUCUGGUAGGCGCUGAUUAUUACUGGCGAUUUGUAUCCGGCAAAAUUGUUCGACUAAGCGAAGACCUGACUGCGGUCGACACGCUCUUCGGAUGGACAGUCCAAGGGCCCGCCAACAUCUCCUCCCUUGUUUGGGUGUCAUCAGUUGUGUCGCUGCUGUGCUGCGCCGAAACAGGCGCUGUUCUAGAUCCGACCGAAAUGUGGCGGCUUGAUGCACUGGGCAUCACAGCUCCCGCCAGCAAAGACACAGGAGAAGCCGACCGCAUCCUUUUCGAGGAAGACAUCAAAUUCCAGGAAAACCGAUAUCAAGUCCCUUUAAUGAUAAAAGAGCCUGGACUCCCUCUAGAAGCCAACAACAAGAUAACAGCAGAAAGGAGAUUAAACGCGCAGCUACGACGUUUCCGCACGGCGCCCGACGUCCUUCAGCAGUACGAUCAAACUAUGCGGGAAUAUUUCACAGAGGGCCACGCGGAACCUGUCAGAGACCCGGACCCGCCGAGGAACCUGUAUUACCUACCUCACCACGCCGUAAUACGCAAGGAUGCAGUCACCACCAGGAUAAGAAUCGUAUUUGACGCUUCGUCCCAUAUUCCGGGCCAGCCUUCGCUGAAUGACGUCCUGUCGAAGGGUGCAAACAUCAACAGUGACUUACUUCAUCUGCUGCUGACCUUCCGUUCCUACCCCAUUAUCCUCACCGCCGACAUACGAAAGGCUUACUUGCAGAUUCAAAUCAAUUCAAGAGUGGCGCAUGACUAG